AUGGCUAGCGAGGAAAGAGGAAGAAGUGCCUAUCGGUCGAAUUGUAAUGGAUUGUCGAAUUAUUACAGGUAAGGAAGGGGUUUUAUGAGGAAAUUAUAAAAAAUAAAUAUUAUCAGAGAACGAUUCGGCUCACAUUCACCAGAAGAAUAUCUAAACUUGCGAAUUUCCGGAUUCGAUGAGCGACUUGAACGCGAUGAAAUCAAAGCCAAACUAACCCACGAAUUCCGUCGCUUCGCCCCAUUCGAGAUAAAAGUCGUGCGAAAUCCCGACGAAGAUGAGCGACUCGCCUACGUGAAUUUCGAACGGCAAGAUUGUGCUCGUCGUAUUCGCUACAACUUAAUGAGUCGCUUGCGCGAAGUUUUGGGACGAAAAGUGCAAUGCGAUCCAGCUGGUGUGCUACGCGAUCAAGAGGGAAAAUAUAUUCCUGAUCGUUUCAAUCGCGCGCAACAAAAUGAUAAACGUGGAAGCGGCUCGAAUGGCACAAAUGGCGGGGCGAAUAAACCAAGCAAAGAGCCGUCGACGUGGCGACUCAAACAAGAUGAUCAUGAGGCGACGCGCACACUUUUCGUUGGAAAUAUGCCAAGUGAUGUGAAGGAGCGAGAAAUUCGCGAGAUUUUCAGUGCUUAUGGCAAAAUUGAGGAUAUUGAUAUUAAGACACCAAUUAAUACUGAUGCCGCUUAUGCUUUUGUCAUGUUUCAGGUAAAAAUGCGGGGAUUUCUGGGCCAGUGGUCUGGAAAUCUUUAAAAAAAAUGCCUAGAAUUCUUUGACAAGGGAAUAUUGUCAAGUUUCCCUGUAGAUUUUCAACGAGAUAUAUGUUUUCUAGUAAUUUUCGAUCAGCUGAUAACGAUUCCGCAGUCGAAUUUUGCGUAUCUCAACUUCUAAAAUGAGAAAUGUCUGCUUUUUGUCACGGCAUAACCCAUGUUAGAAGUUGAGAUACGUGAAAUUUGACUGCGGAAUCGUUAUCAGCUGAUCGAAAACUACUAGAAAACAUAUAUCUCAUUGAAAAUCUAGAGGGAAAGUUUCUAACUCAUUGUGAAAUUUCCCCUAAAUUCCUAUUGCGACUUGCAAAAAUGAUGAAUCCUGUAAUAAAUGCAAGAUUCAUGAUUUUGGCAAGUCGCGGAGAUGCGGAAGCUAUGCCCAAAUUUUCCGCAACUCCUUCAAUUUCCAGCAAGUCAACAAUGCAGUCGAAGCAAAAAAUGAGGAACAAGAUCGUCCAGUUCGAACAGGCGGUUCGCGAAUGAAAAUCGGUUAUGGAAAAAGUCAAGUUUCGCGGCGUCUUUGGGUUGGCGGAUUGGGAGCGUGGUGCGACAAAAAUCUGUUGAAUAAGGAAUUUGAUCGAUACGGACUUAUUGAUAAAAUUGAUUAUGAGGAAGGCGAGACAUUCGCGUACAUCUCUUUUGAAGAUACACAUGCGGCACAAGACGCGUGUCGCGCUAUGAAAGGAUUUGCGUUGGGUGGAAGAGAUCGUACGAUUCUUGUAGAUUUUGCGAAGGAUCCAACGGCACAGGCGGAAAAAGCGCAUCAUUUUAUGCGGAAACGUCGCGCGUCGAAGUCUCCGACUGGACCUACAACACCGCCAGGUUCGCCGAAAGAUGCGAUCAGGAAUUUUGAGGAUUUGGAUGGGAUUUAUGCGUCGACUUGGAUGGGAAAGGUGCUUCAGAUGAAAAUUUUAGAAAUUCUGGAUUUUUCAUAAAAUUUGUGUCAAAAUGAUGUCUUAUGGGAUGUUAUUUUGACCCAGAUUUUACGAAAAAUUCAAAUUUUCAGAUGAAAAUUCUAGAAUUUAUUAAUUUUUCAUAAAAUUUGGGUCAAAGUUAUGUCUUUUGUGGUUUCAUUUUGAUCGUAAUUUUACGAAAAAUUCAAAUUUUCCAAUGAAAAUUCUAGAAAUUCUGGAUUUUGCAUAGAAUUUGGGUCAAAAUUAAGUCUUAUAGGAUGUCACUUUGACCUAAAUUUUACGAAAAAUCCAAAUAUUAAUAGGAAAAUUUUAGAAAAUCUGGUAGGAAAAUUCUAGAAAAAAAAAAUUACCCAAAUUUUCAGAUGACGCUCAAAAAAACCGAAUACACUGUGAAAUUCUACCGCGUUUCGGGACCCGAGCGACUUGUUGUCAAAUUAUUGCGCGACGAAGAUGAUGUGCCUUUAAAACUUGCGAUCACACAAAGAUUGGGACUCGUCUCACAAAACGCACUUUUCGACAAACUUUUGGCGUGCACUUCGAAAGAAUUGAGCCUUGGUGUGAUAACUGCGAAAAAAGAUUUGGAUGAAUUAAUGCCUCUUGUUAAUUAUUUUAUUAAUAAGGAUGCGGCUGGUAAGGAUUUUGGGACGGGGAAAUUUGGCGAAAAAUGACACCUAAUAAGCCUGGGGAAAUAUCUGACGAAAAUUCAUUUUACGAAUUUUCCUGGGGUAUUUUCUAGCUCAAAAUUUCAAUUUCCCAAGCUUUUGGGAUAUCGUUCAUCUCUGAAUCCCCUUAAAAUUCUUAAAAUUUGAAUUUCCUAAGGUUUUGAGGUAUCUUUCAGCUCUGAAUCCCGUUAAAAAUCUUAAAAUUUCAGUUUCCUAAGUUUUUGGGAUAUCUUUCAGCUCCAAAUUCUCUCAAAAAUCUUAAAAUUCCAAUUUCCUAAGCUUAGGAGGUGUCUUUCAGCUCCAAAUUCCAUGAAAAAUCUGAAAAUUUCAAUUUCCUAAGCUUGAGUGUCUUUCAGAUCCAAAUUCCAUGAAAAAUCUGAAAAAUUCAAUUUUAAGCUUUUGGGAUAUCUUUCAGCUCCAAAUUGCCUCAAAAAUCUGAAAAUUUCAAUUUCCUAUGCUUCAGGAGUGUCUUUCAGCUCCAAAUUCCAUGAAAAAUCUGAAAAUAUAAUUUCCUAAGCUAAUGGGAUAUCAUUCAGCUCUAAAAUCCCUCAAAAAUCUGAAAAAUUCCAGGUGUCAUCAGUGUUCCCAGCGGAAUUCUCUACCUCUUUUCCCUACUGCGAUUUUGCUCUCAAACUCACCACAACUUUCGCCCAAAACAUUCGACUUCUCAACGAAAAUUCACCAUUUUUAUUGGGAGCUCUGGUGCAAAAAUUGGGAUCGAGCCCAGAAAAUCGAUAAUUUACCUCAUUUUUUUUCAUUUUUUCCCCAGUUUUUGUGCCAAAAAUCGCUUUUUUACGUAGAUUUUUAGAAAAUUGCUCUAACACAUUUCCCCCCGUUUUUUUCCUGUGGAUUAAUUUUUUUUUCAUUUAUUUGUACUCUUUUGAAUAAAAUUCUCGGAUUUAUUUUUUUAAAGGAAUUUCUCCUGAAAAACGUUGAUUUUUUCUCGUUUUUAUUUUUUUUCGGAUAAAAAUUCAGGAAAUUUUCAGAUUUUUUAGGGGAUUUGGGAUUGAAAGAUAUCAAAUAAGGCUGGGGAAAAAUUCAGCAAAAAUCGAUAAUUUUGAGAUAUUGCUCAUGUUAGAAAAUUUUAAAUUUUUGAGCAAAUGCUCAAAAAUAUCGAUUUUUGCAUCUGAAAUUUUGAAGCCAAAAGUUCAGAUUCAAAAUUGUUGAAAUUCGGGACUAAUAUUUCGGAGCCGAAAAUUGAUUUUCUUCAGCCAUUGCUCAUGUUAGAAAAUUUUAAUUUUGAAAGCUAAAAAUUCGAUGAUUUCAGGCUGUUGCUCAUGUCACAAAUUUUCAAAGCCAAAAAUUCGAUAUUUUCGAGCCAUUGCUCAUGUUAAAGAAUUUUAAAUGUACAUUUCUAACGACAAAAGUUUAGAACCAAAAUUUCGAUUUUUUAGCCAUUGCUCAUGUUCGAAAAUUUUAAAAUUCUAUUUUUGAAAGCUAAAAAUUCGAUAAUUUUAGAUCCUUGCUCAUGUUAAAAGUUUUCAAAGCCAUAAAUUUGAUAUUUCUGAGUCAUUGCUCAUGUUAAAGAAUUUUAAAUGUACAUUUCUAACGACAAAAUUUUGUUAUUUUCGAGCCAUUGCUCAUGUUAAAAAAUUCGAAUUCAAUUUUUUGUCGCUAAACAUUCUUAUGAGAUCUCAUUUUCCCCCAAAUUCCACACCAAAUCCAAAUUUCACCCUCAUUUUCCAGCCAAAAAUGGUCCCACCACGAAAAGGUCCACCACAAUGCCAAGAACCUGAGUGCAGUUCGCCAGCAAAAGUGAAAAUGGCGAAAAACGGAGCGCAACUUUGUGGUCCGUGUUUUACACGACGUUUUGAGGACGAUGUUCAUCAGACUAUUGUUGAAAAUCAACUUUUUAAGGUAACCAUAGAUUUGUGAGCGGGAGUUUUAAUAACAUGAGCAAUGCUGAAAAAUUUCCAGCGUGGCGAACGUGUGGCAAUCGGCGCAUCUGGUGGCAAAGAUUCUACAGUACUCGCCUACUGUAUGAAAACUCUGAAUGAUCGCCAUGAUUACGGUCUUGAUCUACAAUUAUUAUCGAUUGAUGAAGGAAUUAAAGGAUAUCGAGAUGAUUCGCUGCUGGUGGGUUUUUUAGCCUAGAAAAAUCUGAAAUUUUCAGAUUUUUCAAGAAAUUUGGAUUUUAAAGACAUCCAUAAGCCUAGAAAUUUGAAUUUUCAAAAUUUUUUCCUAGGCUUAUGAGGUGUCUUCAAACCCCAAAUUUCCUGAAAAAUCUGAAAAUUCCAGCCAAAAAUCCACAUUUUUCGCAGGCAGUCGAAAAGAAUCGCGUCGAAUACGGACUUCCGCUAACUAUUCUGAGUUAUCGUGAUUUGUACAAUUGGACGAUGGACGAAAUUGUGGCGAAGAUUGGCAAAAAAAAUAAUUGCACAUUUUGCGGGGUUUUUAGGAGACAGGCAUUGGAUCGGUGAGUGUUUUGACUGAAAAUUGGCUGAAAAUCGGGGGAAUUCGCUGAAAAAUUAUCUUUGUAGCUAAAAAUCUUCAAAUUUUAGGGUUUUUUCAUAAAAUAAGGUUCAUGGGAUGUUUUUAAGGACAAAUUUUCUUUAAAAAAAAUCUGAAAAUUCCAGCCAAAAAUCAAUAAUUGAAUUGUUCGACAAAUUUUAUGAGAUCUUCUAUUUAAAAAUUCAAAAAUUUGAUAGAAUCAUUCGAAUUUCAACUGAAAAUAUCAAUGUUCAGCAGGAUUUUCAGAUUUUCAGUGCAAAUCUACGUUUUUUCCAGCGGCGCGUUCAAAAUUGGUGCCAAAAAAUUGGUGACCGGUCACAAUGCAGACGAUAUGGCCGAAACUGUGUUGAUGAAUGUUUUGCGAGGGGAUAUUGCUAGAUUGGAAAGAUGCACAAAUAUUAUUACAGGAGAAGAAGGUGAGGGCAUUGCUCAUGUUAGAAAAAACCACGAUUUUUGAAAUCUAUGUGAAAUUUUCGUUUGAAAGACACCAAACAAGCCAUAUUUUCUUAGGGAAAAAUUAUUGGAGUUUAAUAUGAGCAAUGUUGAAAAAUUAUUGAUUUUUCCUAUUCAAAAAUUGAACCACAAACUGCUAACAUGAGCAAUUAUUGAUUUUUCAUAGAGAAAAUUGGUGUUGCUCAUAUUAGUUGAAUAUUUUCUAAAAUUGUUACUAAAAUGAGCAAUGCAUCAAAUUUGGACAGAAAAUUUCCUGCUCAUUUCAUUCUCAUGUUUCAAGAAUUCUACUAAACUGAGCAAUGUGCAAAUUUUUCCAUAAUUUAACGAUUUUUCUAUAAUUUUUACUUUGAAAAAAAUAUUUCUAAUAUGAGCAACGAGAAAAAUUGAUUUUUCAAGCGUCUAACCUGAGCAAUGACUAGAAAUAACCCAUUUUUUAAUGAUUUUCACUUCAAAAAAAAUAUCUCAAUUUCUAACAUGAGCAAUGCCCGAAAAAUUCCAAAUAUUUCCAGGUGAUCUACCCCGCGCCAAACCCCUAAAAUAUUGUUUCGAACGUGACAUCGUAAUGUAUGCCCGUGUAAAUCAGCUCGAAUAUUUCUACACCGAAUGCAUCUACGCACCAAAUUCCUAUCGUGGAUUCGCGCGAAUCUACGUGCGAAAUUUGGAAAAAGCGCAACCGCGCGCAAUUUUGGAUUUGAUUCGAAGUGGCGAAAAACUGGCAGUUCGCCAAGAAGUCGAAAUGCCCAAAUUGAUGACGUGUCAACGGUGUGGAUAUAUCACAAGUCAGAAAUUGUGCAAAGCUUGUUUGCUGAUUGAGGGAUUGAAUUCGGGAAAUACGGAUUUGGGUGUGAGAAAGGUGAGAAAUUUUUUGACCAAAAGUGCACCAACUUGUUUUUUUUUUGCUCAAAAAUUGACCGAAAUUCAUCCAAUCGCAGCUUUUUGGCCAAUUUCUGAUGAAAUUUCUGAUGAAGUAAAAUUUUAGAAUUUUUUGAAUUGGUUUAAAAAUCGAUUUUUCUCGAAAUUCUAUAAUUUUAUACAAGAUUUCGUACGACGUGGAAAAUACCAGGAAUAUCGAUUUUUCUUGAAAGUUUUUGCGAAAUCCACGUGUAAAAUUAGGACUGAAAAUUUUGAUUAAAAUUCGGGCAAAACAGUGGCUUUUCAAAUCAAAGGGCCAAAUUUUUUGCAAAUCGAUUUUUGUGAAAAUCAAAUAUUUUUUGCAGACCAAAAAAACGAAAAAGCUAACAAUCAUCGAAAAUUCGUCCGAUUCCCCAAAAUUCAAAUUCGUGCGGAAACUCUGGCGGAUGCGCUUGCGCUUCUGA